AUACAUGGAGAGAGAACGCUCUUGGCUAGCUACCCUAGCUUGUAAGAGUGCAUAGAGAGAGCUCACAAGCAUAUAUACAUAUCUCAGCUUAUGCUCAAGUCAUUUAAACUGCUUCACUACUAGAGAGAGAGAGAGAGAAUGGGGAGAGCUCCGUGCUGUGAGGAGAUGGGGUUGAAGAAAGGCCCCUGGACCCCCGACGAGGACCACAUCCUCAUCGACUACGUCCAGGGUCACGGCCAUGGCAAUUGGCGGAAACUUCCCAAACUAGCCGGCUUGUUGAGGUGUGGCAAGAGUUGCAGGCUCAGGUGGACAAAUUACUUGAGGCCAGACAUCAAAAGAGGUAACUUUAGCAGAGAAGAAGAGGACGCCAUCAUCCACCUCCAUGAAGUGCUUGGGAACAGAUGGUCCGCGAUAGCAGCAAGGUUGCCGGGACGAACAGACAAUGAGAUAAAAAACGUGUGGCACACCCAUCUGAAGAAGAGGCUAAGAAAGGACCACGAGUCGUCGUCGCUCGACGAUGUUGCAUCCAAAAUGCAAGUCACGACGUUGCAUACCAACAACGAAGCACGUGGUAAAUAUGAAAGCCAUGGCGGGCCAAUCUCAUCUCCUCAAACUCAACAGAGCUCAAGUAGCACGUCUCUCUCCUCCACAACCACGGAAGACAAUAACAGCGACGAUAAUAAUCGCGACAACCGCGACAAUUGCAUCCACAAGGAGCUCAAAGAUGCAAUCUCCGGGUUGAUGGACGAGAGUUUCUGGUCAGAACUGAUAUCAUCAGACGACAAUAACUCAGCCGUGACUGAUGAUUUUCUUGCGGUUAGCAGUGAGUUCCAGUCGUCCCUAAGUUCAAACGUUGGACCGUGGGACAUGGACCAGGGUGGGAUGGUGGAUUGUUUUUGGUAUGAUCUCUUCAAAGGAGCUGAAUUAGCAGAUGUCUAGGCGACAGUUGAGGCAACAGUCGCAAGAAUUAGUCGAUUUCUUCUUCUUUUUUCUGUUUUUUUUUCCUUGUUCUUUUGCGUUUUGUAUUGGGGUUCAACGUGCCGACUUGAGGAGUCAUGAUUUUGAAGGUGACCACUGAUGUUAGCGACCAGAAUUAGCCGACCAAUCGAAGUUGGGCCAAACAAUGAUGAGGAUCUGAGGGUGCCGCGGGGAAGCUUUCAAACAUGUCGGGGAGAACUUGUUGUAUAUGUACCGAACACACAUAAGGAGACACCAUUGUUGCUGAUUCUCAAAUGGAUGACCGUCCUGCACUAAUUAUUA